AUGCUCCUCCCCGCGCGCCGCCGACCCACCAGCGGCAUUCUUUCUGGUGUGCUAGGGGAAACAAACAACAAGAUGGUGGUGCGGGUCUUCGGGUAUGGGUCCCUGAUCUGGAACCCCGACUUUGAUUUCAAUGAGAAGAUCCUGAGAUUCAUCAAGGGCUACAAGCGAACGUUUAAUCUCGCUUGCAUUGACCAUAGAGGCGCGCCACAGAAUCCAUCCAGGACCUGCACCCCUGAAUCCGAAGAUGAAGAAAUAUGCGUAUUCAACGUGAGGAAUUUCAUACUUUUGGUGUGGUGCUAG